GGAGAGUGUUGAGCUGAGAGAGGAAAGCAGCUUUAAUUGCGGGACAGAGAGAAAAGCCAGCGAUGGCUUCGCUCAGGCAGGAGCACCAGUAUGGGCUCUCCUGUGGAAAAAAUAACAAAAACAGCCCCAACAGGACGCUGUACCACGUCAAGCUCACGGACACGGCUAUCAGAGCGCUAGAGGCUUACCAAAACCUCAAGGGGUCUUUACCGAGCAAACCGUUGAUUUGUUUCAAAGGAAACCAAGGGUACAUCAAGAUCCCGACUCCCACACCAGAGUCACCUUCUGCCCUUCGUGUCUUCUCCUUCUACUUAUCCAGUGACAGCAAAGACCAGCCUCAAGCCAGCUUCGACUGCAUCCAUCAAUAUGUUUCAGGUGAUGGCCGCGAACUGCUGGAAGGUCAAGGCAUCAUCCAGGACAAGAUCACAGUGUGUGCCACUGACGACUCCUACCAGAUGACCCGUGAGAGGAUGUCUCAGGUGGAGAAGGACAGUUGGAGCCGCUCUGCCAUUGAGAUCAAACCUGGAGCCACACAUCCAAGUAAAUGUGUGAAGUUCCAGAAGAGGCCAACUCCUCUGUCUGCAUCAGACAGCAGCCACUAUAAACAGUCUACCAACAACCGAAGGAAUGGUGGUAUGGCCACGCCGAUCCAGAAGUCCUUGAGGGAGCGCAUCAUCCACCUGCUAGCUCUCAAACCCUAUAGGAAACCGGAGCUGCUGCUUUGGAUGGAAAGAGAACGAGUCGGCCCCAAAGACAAGGCCGAGCUGGGCGCCAUACUGGAGGAGGUGGCAAAAGUGAAUCCCAAAGACAGCAGCUACCUGCUGAGGGAUGACUUCUACAAGCAUGUGCAGAGGGACUGGCCAGGCUACAGCGACGAGGAGAGGCAGCUGGUCAGCAGGCUGCUGGCCAGGAAGUUGCAGCCACAAGUCAGCCAUCAAUCAAGAAAUCUUCAAGCAAAUGUGUCAACACUGAAGACCUCAGAGGAUGCAACACUACAGCACAGCACAGUGAAAAAUCCUGCAGUGAAACGCCCCGUGCCUUUUGACUCACUAGAAAGGCUAGCUGUUAAGAGACAGAGACUUUCUGACCAGAGGUUACAACAGCAGCCAACAGUAAACGGACUCUUAAACAAUAAAGGACAUGAUGCUGCAACUCCUACCCUCAACCCCAGUUUCCACACAAAGACUGAGUUUCAACGGACAAGUAAUCAUACUGUAAACCAAAAUGGCUUACCAGGGGGCCACAGUGGAUUUCCUCUAAUGCGCACUCUGUCUAGCACCUCUGACACACCUGUUUCAGAGAGCAGAGAGCAAGAGCCCAAAGUAAGCAGCUACCAGCCACCACAGGAUGACUCUGACUGUGCUCACCAGCAGCUCGCCAACAGCCAGCACAGGAAGAAGAAAUCUAAAAAGCACAAAGACAAGGAGCGGGAGAGGUUAAAAGACAGCACGGGCAGCGAAUGGUUAGAGACGAGUCCUGAUCUCAAGCAAAAACCAGACAAACUUGACAAUCCUGAUAUCAUCAUCAACGCUGCAGCCUCUGAGGAGAAGCCAGAUUAUGUACUCACAUAUGGCACCAUUAUGAGUUUGGAGCAACGGCAGAGGUACCAGCAGGAUUUCUGUGCAGAGUAUGAUGAAUACAAAGACCUUCACUCCCGGAUCGCCACCAUAACUCACAUGUUUGUUCAGCUUGGUUCCAAGAUCAAAAGUUUGUCUCCUGGCACACCAGAAUAUAAGAUAAUGGAAGACCAAAUACUAGAAAAGUACAACAAGUAUCGAAAGAAGUUCCCAGGCUACCGGGAAGAGAAGAAACGCUGUGAAUAUCUCCAUGAGAAACUCUCGUACAUCAAACAGCUCAUCAUAGACUACGAUGUCUCUCAGGUCUCUUCAUAGCCUUGGCUCUUCCUUUUAUCAGAUUUUUAUAUGGAACCCGCUUCUUUGCAUACAUAACGCUGCAGACGUCAACAUGAACUGCUUCUGCUGGGACCACAGGUGAUGCUGUGAGCACUAACGAUAUAAAUCUAUAGCAGAUUUCCCUUUGGUAUAUGUAACUGUUUGUUUUGAAAUGAUCAUUUCUUAAGAGAUGUCUUGUUCAUGUGAAAGAUCCAAGGGAGAGGCAAAAAAAAGUCUUGGCACUAAUGAGAUCUUGGAAAGCGUCUGUGCACAUCACAGUCCUGUUAAAAUCAGUGUCCAUGUAAACCAAUUUGUUGGAAAUAUGGAAAAGGAAGCAAAUGUGACGUUAGCUUAUUCACUUUGUGUUUGACACUUGUUAAGUCAAACAUCAUUCCAGGCAUGCAUUCCCCUUUCCUUUUGUAUUAAGUUCAAUAUGCAGCAUAAAAAAAGAGUGUACUUUUCAAUUCCA